UGCAACCGAGUUCUCGGGCAUAAAGCGGCCGUGUGACUCUGUAAAGUCAAAGAGUUCAAAUCUACGCACUUUGCUCUCACACGACGACGGCCUCGUCAUCUUGUGGUCGUCAACAACAUCGACAUGGCGCUCGUCAGCAUUCUGACCAUCCAGCCGUUCAAAGGCAUAUACGUCGGAUGCGCAGCAUUAGGCCUUCUAUUUAUUAGGAUACCAUAUUGGACUUUGAGAAAUUUGUUUCCGUCGUGGCGUCCCAGAGCCUCCUGGACUAUACGGAGAUGUAUUGACGUUAACAUGACACGGUAUAUGAUGGGUCUUGGUAACCAAGUUGGCGGACUCGAACAUUACCCAUCAUACAAAGAACUCAAAGUAGGCAACGGGGUGAACGGUGUCUGGAUCGACGCCGUACCAGAACUCAUCACAGGCGAUCUCAAGAAAUGGGCAGACACCGCCAGCAUCGAAUCUAUCAAAAUCCCGGGAUAUUGGUACCAUAAAACUGGUGAACAAAUCAAUAUGGACGAAGCUGCAAAAUCGGACGAGAAAGUGAUUCUGGAUUUCCAUGGUGGGGGAUACAUGGCUUUAUCUGCGCAUCCUUCUUCGAGCGUGUCGCUUGUGGUGCGUACGGUCUUGGCUCACUCACCUUCCGUUCGACGUGCGCUCUCUGUUGAGUAUCGUCUCGCCGCACCUGGAGCGAACUCUUUCCCGGCUCAGCUUAUCGAUGGCCUCGCGGGCUAUGCGUACUUGGUACGUAAAUUGGGCUUUAAACCGGAGAACAUCAUCCUCGUAGGCGACUCUGCAGGAGCGAACCUCGCACUUGCACUCACUCGCUAUCUCAUCACCCACUCCUCAUCUCUCGAUCCCCAACUCGGUAAACCCGGCGGACUCGUCCUCCUCUCACCAUGGGUCGACCUAACCACCUCACACGCCACCCCCGGUGCAUCCGUCUACGCCAACACAACCUCCGACUUCCUCGGUUCACCACCUGCUAAAGGGCCUGACUUCCCAUCAACAGUCCUCGCAGGACCUCACGGCCAAUCGUUCCUAUCAAACGAGUACAUCUCUCCAGCGACUCGACUUAACUCCUCAGUCUCCUUUAAGGACUUCCCACGAUCCAUUGUUGUCCUUGGCGAUGCGGAGACCCUAGUUGACUCUAUCCGUACACUGGAAGAACGGAUGGUGAAAGAUAUGGGGAAGGAGAACGUAGCGAUUUAUGAAGCUAAAGACGCAUUUCAUGAUUUCAUUGGGUUUGAUUUCUUUGAACCGCAGAGAACGGAGGCUGCUGUUGAGAUUGGGAAGUGGAUCGGUGGUCUUUGAGGCUUUGACGUAUUGCUGUAUGUGUUCUAUGUAUUGCUCGUGAUGUAUGUAGUCAAGUUGGUUACAUCCUGUAUUUUGUUUGUUUGAGGUAUGAGAAGGGAGAGAUUAGUAUAUUUAAUGCUUUCUUCGGAUAUUACUCAGGGCAACCAGCAGUUGAUAUAUUUUGAUCGACUGGGUGUUUGUGAUAUAGUAUACAAAUAGC